AUGUCGGCAGCCGCGCCUGCCACGCCUGUUGCUCCGCCUGCCUCUAUGCCAGCCGCGCCGGUCGCUGCGCCGAUUCCCGCGGUCGCCGUACCAGCCGCGCAACCGGUUCAAGGUGCCUUCAUCGUCAUACCGCCUGCGCCUGUUUACCUCCCGCCAAUCUUCCAGGUACUCGCUGACCUCCCUAACCCACCGUACAAUAUCGUGCUGCCUCCUAUCAUCGCACACCAGCCUCCGGUCAUCGCAAACCAGCCGGCGACAAUGCAGAACCCCAGGAUGCGGCUGGGCUUCAUUAUGAUGUAG